AUGCGUGCUUGGACCUUUGGAGGUUCUCCACCUGGAGCUGGGUUGCCAGUACAUGGCGCCAGGUGCAGCGGACGCGAGCUCAUUGCUCCUGCUGGCUGUGAAUUGUUAGUCCGACAAGAGGCGGAUGUGAGAUUUGCUGCUGAGAUCUUCUGCGAAGUCUUGACCAAGCGAUGCUACUGCUGCACCGGGCAGGACCCGAUGUCAAGGAUGGGCUCGGCAAGAGGCACGAUUGUUGAAGCUUCAAGCGCCAUGGAUGGACCUCCGGUGUUUGCCACAGUUGAGAGAUCCGAGGGAGGCGCUAGCGUGCCGGCCUUCGCUGGUGGAUCUUCCUCGGCUAAACUCUGGCGGCGGCUUUCCAGGGACGGCCGCCUUAUGCCUCGAGCCAGGCUCAAAAUCUCCGACCGACGAGCGAUGAUGGGCUCGAUUCUAGAGUCCACCGAUGUCAAGAACAAGCUUGAGGACCUCUCAGGGGUUGUACUGAAGCCCGGCGAGAAUCCUUACAAUGCUCUCAUAGAGGCCUGCAAUGAUGACCCUGCUCAGAUUCAGGCCCUAUACGCAGCCCAUCGCGUUAGGCGUAACGCUCAGCAGCGGGAGAAAUUCGUUUCGCCCGAGUUCAACGAACUUAUCAUAGACCCAUAUCUUCUCAGGCUCGAAAACCCUGACAUUGAACCUGGCUUCAAGGAUGCCCGGAAUUGCAUGACUUUCUGGGGUAGGCCGCCAAUUCAUGUGCUGGAGCUUGCGGAUAAACUACAACAGAAGCUUCAAGCAUGUGCGCCGAGCAUCUGGCUCAUGCCAUUGCACCGAAUGCAUAUCACGACGCUUGAGGUUGCAUUCUCUCGGACGCCGGAAGAAAUUCACGCAAUCAAAACAAUCUUGGAAUCGGCAAUCCCCAAGAUAGCAAACUACACCUACCGGCAUCGCGCUCGACUUGUGAAGCCGAUGAUCUCAUACGAUCUCUCGGCCUUUGCUGUCUCGUUCUUGCCAGCCAGCGGCGAGAAGAGAGUAUCGCCGCCCGCAGUUGCCCCAGACAGUGCAGACAUGAUUCAGCAGGGCGAUGGAUACUCGUAUCACCACCUCAGGAGGGAUACGUGGAACGCGGCUCAGGAGGCAGGCAUCACUAUCGACUCGCGGUAUAUUGUCCCGAGUGCUCACAUCACGCUGGGCCGCUACUUGACACAUGAAGACUAUGCCACCCCUGAGCAGAGAAAGAAGUGGGUCGAGACUAUCGAUGAGAUCAAUCGAUGGCUAGAGACCGAAGUCUGGGAAAAUGCGGAAAGUGACUUGGUCGGCGAGUGGAUCGUUGGCCAGGAGAAAGGACUCGACGUCCGCGUUGGGACUUUGUGGUACGGAGGGGGCCGGACAGUCCUCAUGGGAGAGGGCUUCUAG